AUGGCCAAUUCUCAACGACUCCCUCCACAACAACCCAGCUAUAAUCAAGCUUAUAUGCCAAAUGGUGCUGUAGCAGGUCAUACUGGUAUUCCACCUGGAGCUACUCCUUUACUCCCAAAUAACGGUAGAAUCAUACAAACUGGAGGCGUGAGAGUUCUGUGCGUGGCAGACGUACGAGGAAAUUUAAGAUCACUUAACGAACUCGCAAAGCAAGCACGCGCGGAUCAUAUUAUUCAUACUGGAGAUUUUGGUUUCUAUGAUGACACCUCUCUGGAUCGCAUUGCUGAAAAGACCCUCAAACAUGUCGCCCAAUAUUCUCCACUCAUUUCAGAAGCUACGAAAAAAGCAAUCGCAUCACCAGGCGGGCCAGUAAAGUCAAGAUUUAGUCCUGGCGAUCUCCCACUUUCCGAGUUACCACAAUUUCUAAAUGGCAGUCUUAAGCUUGAUGUACCAGUCUACACAGUCUGGGGUGCAUGUGAGGAUGUGCGAGUUCUUGAAAAGUUCAGAUCGGGCGAAUACAAGGUUGAUAAACUUCACAUCAUUGAUGAGGCACGCUCAAUGCUUUUGGAAAUCGGAGGUGUUAAGUUGAGACUUCUAGGUCUUGGUGGCGCAGUUGUCAUGCACAAACUUUUCGAUAACGGUGAGGGUAGAACUACAAUUGCUGGUGGGCAAGGAACCAUGUGGACUACACUUCUUCAAAUGGGCGAGUUGGUAGAUACAGCCAAUCGUGUAUACGACCCCACCGAAACCCGCGUAUUCAUCACCCAUGCAUCUCCAGCUCGCGAAGGUAUUUUGAAUCAGCUUUCAGUAACCCUCAAGGCCGACUUCUCGAUAUCCGCUGGAUUACAUUUCAGAUAUGGAAGCUCUUACAAUGAAUUCAGUGUCAAUCCUACCUUGGAUCAUUAUCGCGGCAAGCUCGCGGCAUCCAAAGCUUCCUUCAAUGACGUAUGGGAGACUGUCAAGAGCGAGGUUCAACCGGCCAUUUCUCAAAAUGAAGCCCAGCAAAACCUCCUUAACAAUGCCCUUGGCAUAGUAGAGAAGAUGCCAAGCACCGCACAUGGAGGCAACCCGUUCGGUGGCCCUGUCGGUGGUUCUAAUGCCGCUACUUUAGGUCAAGUCGAUGAGAGCGCAUUCAAAAAUAUGUGGAACUUCAACUUGGCUGAUGCUGCGUUUGGAUGGUUAGUUCUGGAAGUACAGGAUGGUCGUAUUGGUACCGAAAUGCGAGCCCAAGGAUUUAACUUCGCUCAUCGAGGUGCGAAACAGCAUCCAGGCCACCAACAGCAGCAAGCCCAAGCUCCUGCUACCGGCUCUGGAACACCUGGAUCAAGCCAAACCCUUGUAUCCUCAGCACCACCGACCGGUCCAGCUCAGCGUUCACCUGCCGCACAACCUCCAGCGCAGCCAUAUGUUCAGCGCGGACAAAACCAACAACAAACCAGAGCUCCACCAGCUGGUCCUGAGCGUACUGCAGAGUCUCCAGCUCCAUUCCAAGCCAAGCCCGCUACACCACAACCGGCCCAAAAUAAUGUUGUCAAUCUUCCAGCUGCCAAGGAGAAUGAGAAAGCUCCUGUGACCACAAAUGGCGCAGAAAACUCGUCCCCAGCGGCCAAACCUUCAGCUGAACAAAUUAUUGGUCUGUUCGUUAUGAACGUGACCUCCGAAGAUCAUGUUCGAGAGUUGUUCCAUGACGAUGAUAAGGCGAAGAUCAUUAGAAUCGAUAAAUGGGGUACAUCGAACAAGGUUGCUGUCUUCAAGACAACUCAGGAAAGAGAUGAUGCUCUAGGUCGUCUACCUUCAGAGGUAACGCAACGUAGCAGUGAGGACCGUUCAAGGCCUUUGGUGAAGCUAUUCCAGGUUAGAGAUAAUAGUAAGUCGUACUCUUCAAGCCGUGGAGGUGCAGGCAGCUGGGGAAGCAGCAGGGGUGGCAACAGCAGUGCCCCUCGAGGGGGUUACGGAAGUGGAGGUGCAAGCGACAGUGAAGGUGGUCGCGGCGCACGAGGCCGAGGUGGAUCUACACGUGGACGAGGAAGUGAUAGAGGUAGAGGAGGACGCGGCGGACGGGGUGGUUUCAACAAGGAAGGUGGAGCAUCUCCUGCUCAAGCUUCAGCAACACCAGCAGGAGCUGAUUCUUGA